GGCUCCGCUCCCGCCUCCCCCGCGCCAUGGCUGUGGCCCGGCGCAGGCUGUCGGUGGGGCUGGGGCUGGCCGCGGCGGCCUGCGCCCUCGUGGGGGGCUGCCUGCUGCUCGUGGGGCCCCUCAUCAUCAGGGAGCAGGUCAUCAAGAAUGUCAGGAUCGACCCCAGCAGCAUCUCUUUCAACAUGUGGAAAGUCAUUCCCGUUCCUUUCUACUUGUCUGUGCACUUCUUCGAAGUGCUGAACCCCAAGCAGGUCCUCCAGGGAGCGAAGCCGGUGCUGACCCAGCGUGGACCCUACGUGUACAGGGAGUACAGGUAUAAAACAAACAUCACGUUCCAUGACAAUGACACUGUUUCCUUCCUGGAGUACCGUAACCUUUUCUUCCAGCCAGACAUGUCCAACGGCACUGAAGAGGACUAUGUCGUUGUGCCAAACAUUUUGAUGAUGGGAGCAGCUGUAAUGAUGGAAAAACUGCCGAGGUUUUUGAAGCUUUUACUGAGUGGAGCCCUGGCUGGCAUGAAGCAGGAGGCGUUCAUGAACCGGACAGUGGGGGAGAUCAUGUGGGGGUACGAAGACCCUCUUAUAGACACGAUAAACAUGCUUGUUCCUGGUCUGAUUCCUUUCAAGGGGAAGUUUGGCUUAUUUAUGCAGUUUAACAACUCCAAUUCAGGGUUGUUCACAGUGAACACGGGCAUGAAGAACAUCAGUCAAGUUCACAUGGUGGAUUCAUGGAAUGGGCUAAAGAAGGUGAACUACUGGCGGAGCAGCGAGUGCAACAUGAUCAAUGGGACGUCGGGGGAGAUGUGGCCACCGUUCAUGUCCCCGACCUCGCUGGAGUUCUACAGCCCUGAUGCCUGCAGAUCCAUGACACUGGUGUAUGAGCAGUCCGGGAAGUUCAAGGGUGUUCCCACCUAUCGCUUCGUGGCACCGAAAACCCUCUUUGCCAAUGGCACGGACUACCCACCCAACGAGGGCUUCUGCCCCUGCAUGCAGUCUGGCAUCCAGAACGUCAGCACCUGUAGGCUCAAUGCACCAAUGUUCAUUUCCCACCCUCACUUCUACAACGCCGACCCGUCCCUGGUGAACGCCGUCGAGGGCCUGCACCCCAACAAGGACCAGCAUGCGCUUUUCCUGGAUGUGCACCCCGUGACGGGCAUCCCCAUGAAUUGCUCCAUCAAGCUCCAGCUGAACCUGUACAUAAAGCAGGUGUCUGAUAUACUUCAAACAGGGAAGAUUAAGCCGGUGGUCCUGCCGCUGCUGUGGUUUGCAGAGAGCGGAUCCAUCGAAGGCUCAGUCCUAAACCAGUUUUACACCAACCUGGUGCUGCUCCCGUCGCUGCUGGAAUACCUGCAGUAUAUCUUCCUUGGACUGAGUGUCCCCCUCAUUAUCUCAGCAGCUGUGCUCAUGGUAAUGAAUAAGGAAAAAUGCUCUUUAUUUUGGAGUAGCAAUAAAAAGAACUCAGACAGUAAUAAGGCCAACCAGGCCAUCUCUGCCAAAAAGCUGCCUCCGGUUAAGGGGACGGUGUUGCGGGAAGCCAGACUGUAGGUGGGUACCCAGUCAAGGUAACACGCUUUUCUCUCGUCCUGAUUUGAUUAAACUUUGCUUAAAACCAAUCAAAUUAAACGUUUACUGUCCACAUCUACCAGACAUGCCCUCCUGGCAAGCUUUGAUGGAACAAUGUUGUCUCAUGCCUUUAUUCGGGGCAAUUUAGAUGUCUUAAUACUCACACUUAACAACAUUGCAAGCACAUGCUUUUAUUGUUUCUCCUGGUGUACCUGAUCUGCGGCCCUAAUACCAGCGGGGAUCAGGGAGAAAAGUAAGAUUGGUGUUUCCACCAAUUUUUUUUUUGCCUUUUUCCCUCCACUUCCAAGUGUCUGAGAUCCAGAGGUAAGUUUUUGAAUGGGGUAAAAACUCAUGGGGGUAACAGAGAUAGUCAACUGGUGGGUAUCACCCUUCCCCUGCAUGCAGGGAGCCUCAACAGCGAGGCUUUCAAGAGGGAAUUUGUCAUGUAUAAAUAUCUGGGUUUGUAUUACAGGAUCACAAAAUCACUGAAUCGUUCAGGUUGGAAGGGACCUCUGGAGGUCAUCUAGUUCAGCAUCUCGACCAAGCAGGGUCACCUAAAGCUGGUUUCUCAGGACCAUGUCCAGAUGUCUCUUAAUAUCUUCAGGGAUGGAGAUUCCCAUUGUUACAGUUUCACAGAAAAAGAAAAGGAAAAAAGUAUUUCUUACUGUUCACAUGGAAUACCCUGUGUUUACAUGCCACUUGGCUCUUGUCCUGUUCCUGGACAUGACCAAGAAGAGCCUGGCUCUGUAUUUGCACACCCCCUUCAGAUCCUUGUAUACAGUGGUAAAAUCCCCCUGAGCCUUCUGUCCUUGAGGCUGAACACUUCCAGUUCUCUUGACCUUUGCUCACAUAAGAGACAGUCCAGUCUUAUAAUCACUUUAGUGGUCUUUUGCUGAACUCCUUCCAGUAGCUCCAUCUCUCUUAGCCUGGGAAUCCCAGAACUGAACCCAGUAGUCCAUGUAUGUCCUCACCGGUGAUGACCAGAGGGGAAGGAUCACCUCUAUGACCUGCUGGCAACACUCCCAGUGCAGCCCAGGAUACAGUUGGCUGCCUCUGCUACACAGGCACACUGCUCGUUCAUGUUCAGCUUGGUGUCCCCUGAGACUCUCAGGUCCUUUUCUGCCAAACCACUUCAGAGCUGUACCCUUGUCUUGUACUGGUGCAUGGGGUUGUCCUUGCCCAAGUGUUAAACCUCGUGAGGGUCCUUCCAGUCCAUUUCUCAGCCUACUGAGAUCCCUUUUGGUGUAUCAGCCACUCUCCCAGUUUUUGUAGAUCAUUAAUAAAGAUGUUACGCAGGACUGGACCCAGUAUUGACCCCUGGUGUACACUGAUGGUUACUGGCCUUCAACUAGACCUCAUGACCCUCUGGGCCUGGCUGUCAGCCACUUUUCAGUCUACCAGUUUUCUGCUCAUCCAGCCCAUACUUCAUCAGCUUCCCUGUAAGGCUUUUAUGUGAGACAGUGUCAAAAGCCUAAAGUCCAGGUAGAUGAUCCCAUUGCUCUCCCCUCAUCUACCAAGCCAGUCAUUUCAUCCCAGACAUUUAUCAAGUUGGUCAAGCACAAUUUCCCCUUGGUGAAUCCAUGUUGACUACUCCUGAUGACUUUCUUUGUCCAUCAUAUGCCUGGCUAUGGUUCCUAGGAUUAGCUGCUCCAUCACCUUCACAAGGAUUGAAGGGAGGCUGACUGGCCUGUAGCUCCUGAGGUCUUCCUUCUUGAUUUUCUUCAAGAUAGAAGAGACAUUUGCUUUCCUUCAGUCUUAGGGCCCCUUUCCCCAUUGCCAGGAUAAGGGGGAGUGGCCUUGUUGUGAUAUUAGCCUGCUAUUCCCAUCAGGCUCCAUGGAUUUGUGUAUGUCUAGGUUACUGAAGUAUUCUCUGACCUCAUCCUCUUCCAUCAAGGGUGUGUCUUCCUUGCUCCAGACUUUCCUCUGGUUUCUGGGGUCCCCUGCCUCAUUCAGGAACAGGCCUGCAUGUUCCCUACUCUUUCUUUUGUCACCUGGGUGCUUAUAAAAGUCUUCCUUUUUUCUGACAUCCUCAGCCAGAUUCAAUUCCACUUGGGACUUGGCUUUCCUAUCUUCAUCCCUGCAUGCUGGGAGAGUGUCCCUAUAUUCCUGCCAGGUUACCUGUCCCUGCUUCCACCUUCUGUAUGCUUCCAUUCUGCCUUUGUGUUUGGUCAGGAGCUCUUACUUCAUCCAUGUAGGCCUGCUGGUAUUUUUUCCUGGCUUUGGAUGCUUGUUGGGUUCUUGAACUUGGAGGAAAUGAUCCUUGAAUAUUAAGCAUCUUUUUUGCCCUGCCUGUAUCCCCCCCUGAGGUCUGUAGUCACUUUUAGAAUCACAGAAUCAUAGACUCAUUGAGGUUGAAAAGACCUCCAAGAUCAUCAAGUCCGAUCUUCAGUCAAAUACCACCACACCCAAAUGGUUUCCAGGUGGUACUGGUGGUAUCAGUGGUGCCCACCCUGAAGCAGCAGUGGGCAAUAGUCAAAGGGUUAGAUAAGCCUCACAGUCCAUCCACAACACGCCAAUCCCCAGUGAGCAGCAACUGUCUCUAGAUGAUGAGUCAGGUGGGCACGUUGGUGUCUCUGUCCCCACCAGCGGGGAGUGACCCAGUUCUGUCAAUUCCUGCUUCCCCCUGGGGUUCUUGUAGGAUUUAUGGUCAGGGGCCCACGUGAUCUGCUUGGAGGUGUUUCUGACUCCUCUUCAGCUAUCGGGGUGGUGACCCUGUUCUGUAGGUGUAAGCCUUUGGGCAAGGAGGAGCCUUCCUCUUGCUGUCAGGAAGCACCGGCUUCCACCGUUCACCCUCAGCAGAGGCUGCACCCACCACGAUACUGAGAACGAGUGCUGUCUGUGUGUACUGCAGGUGGUGUCUGGGGAUCUUCAAGCCAUUCUGUCCCUGAGAAGAUCUCUCCAUCCUCCUCCCACAACACGCUGUCCCAUAGCUGCUCCACACAGCUCUUCAGGCUGGGUGCUUGGUGGGGGUUGUUAGAGAUGCUGGUGGGCAGGAAUGGAAAUGACUUCAUUUUGUUGGGGGAGGAGGUUUAAGAAAGUUUAAGAAGCCUUCAGGAAAGGGGCGUUGGCCCCCGGGAAGAUUCCAGAGGUUUGGGGUGGGCGUGGCCCACGUGGGGGUGCGGUGGCACGCCCUGCCAGGUGUGACUGUGGU